AUGACAGCGGAAGUUAAGGUACGGCCAUAUUAUUCCUUUCCUUUUAAAACUUUUCUUCUCAUUUUUCGCUUUUCCUAUCCUCUUUAUUCCUCUUUUUUUUUAUUGCCUUUCUCUCUUUCAGAGUCUUUUCUAUCUUAUUAUCACCUAUUUCUUUUUUCAUUCUUUCUUUUCGUUGCCUCUUUUUUUCUUAUCAUCAUAUCUUUCAUUCUUUCAUUCUUUCUUUCUUUCUUUCUUUCUUUCUUUCUUUCUUCCUUUCUUUCUUAUAAUCGCCUUUUUCUCCGUUCUUUCACACAUUUUUUCUUACUUUUGUCACCUGUGACAUUUUCUUUCUUUCUUUCUUUCUUUCUUUCUUUCUUUCUUUCUUACAUUCAAACCUAUAUCUGUUUUCUUUUCCUUUGUUUGCUUCUUUCUUUCUUUCUUUCUUACAUUCAAACCUAUAUCUGUUUUCUUCUCCUUUGUUUGCUUCUUUCUUUCUUUCUUUCUUUCUUUCUUUCUUUCUUUCUUUCUUUCUUCCCGUCUUUCUUGUUUUCUCAAGUACAAUUUUUAAUUUUUUCUUCUGAAUGUACCGAUAUUCUCGUAAUUGAAGCGACCAGAUUCAUUACAGUUUCCAUAAUGGAAUUUAUAAUCAGUCUCAUUUCCGGCCCGCCAGAUAAACCGGAAGUAUUUGAAGAGAGAAGCGCCCGAGGCAAGAUGGACGCCGCUUCAUUGUUGAAUAUUGAAGACCUUAAUUUAAUCUAUCUAUCUAUCUAUCUAUCUAUCUAUCUAUCUAUCUAUCUAUCUAUCUCCAAAUCGUUCUUCUCUUGUCCACUAUCUCUCUCUAUUUUGAUGUCUGUUUCCCUCUUUCUCUGGCAAUUUCUAUUUUACGUCGUUUCUAUCUAUCUAUCUAUCUAUCUAUCUAUCUAUCUAUCUAUCUAUCUAUCUAUCUAUCUAUCUCAGCCUCCUGUUGAUGCCUAUCUAUCUAUCUAUCUAUCUAUCUAUCUAUCUAUCUAUCUAUCUAUCUAUCUAUCUCAGCCUGUUAAUGCCUAUCUAUCUAUCUAUCUAUCUAUCUAUCUAUCUUAG